UCUAUGAUGAUUUGGUGAGCAGCUGGAGAUGGUCCCUGAGUGACAGCAGCUUCUAUAGUGAAGGAGAGACAGAGUUCAGAAACUGGUAUCCUGGUGAGCCCGACAAUCAUGGAGGACAACAGUACUGUGUGGAGCUCAGUCCAAUGGGAAAUACUGGCAGUUGGAGAGACACUGAGUGCAGCCUCCAGCAUCACUUUGUGUGCGACAACGGUACAGUAAACGGCACAUCAUCCUUUGUCAAGGUCGACACAUCUUUAAAUUGGACCGAAGCUCAGAGAUACUGCAGGGAAAAUUAUGUUGAUCUCGCCAGAAUACAAAAUGAUGCAGACAAUCUCUUAAUCGCAAACCUGACAGCUGGGAACGUUGUGUGGAUCAGUCUGCACCGGGAGAAACUGUGGUCUGAUGGGAGCUCAGCUGGGUUUCGAAACUGGGCCGACGACCAACCAAACUCUGGCGGAGAGCAAUGUGUCACCACAGCGUUCAAUGACUCAAGGCGAUGGUCAGAUGAUAACUGCUUCCUCAGUUUCCCAUUCAUCUGUUACACAACAGCUCCUCCAAACGCAGAAAGCUUCAGAUCAACAGGACAAGAUGAGAGCAGUAUCACUCUGCAGUGGAAUAAAGUGAACAACAAUGUCAGCUUCAUCCUGCAGUUUAAUGGUACAGAGAUGAACAUCAAUGCAUCAGAUGGAGAUGGACCAGUAACUCACACAGUCUCAUCGCUCACUGCUGGAACUAAAUACACAUUCACUCUCUUCUCUGUGUUUGAGAACGUCAGAAGCAGUGGAGAAAACAUUACUGCAGUCACUGCUCCUCCAAACGCAGAAAGCUUCAGAUCAACAGGACAAGAUGAGAGCAGUAUCACUCUGCAGUGGAAUACAGUGAACAACAAUGUCAGCUUCAUCCUGCAGUUUAAUGGUACAGAGAUGAACAUCAAUGCAUCAGAUGGAGAUGGACCAGUAACUCACACAGUCUCAUCGCUCACUGCUGGAACUAAAUACACAUUCACUCUCUUCUCUGUGUUUGAGAACGUCAGAAGCAGUGGAGAAAACAUUCCUGCAGUCACUGCUCCUCCAAACGCAGAAAGCUUCAGAUCAACAGGACAAGAUGAGAGCAGUAUCACUCUGCAGUGGAAUACAGUGAACAACAAUGUCAGCUUCAUCCUGCAGUUUAAUGGUACAGAGAUGAACAUCAAUGCAUCAGAUGGAGAUGGACCAGUAACUCACACAGUCUCAUCGCUCACUGCUGGAACUAAAUACACAUUCACUCUCUUCUCUGUGUUUGAGAACGUCAGAAGCAGUGGAGAAAACAUUCCUGCAGUCACUGCUCCUCCAAACGCAGAAAGCUUCAGAUCAACAGGACAAGAUGAGAGCAGUAUCACUCUGCAGUGGAAUAAAGUGAACAACAAUGUCAGCUUCAUCCUGCAGUUUAAUGGUACAGAGAUGAACAUCAAUGCAUCAGAUGGAGAUGGACCAGUAACUCACACAGUCUCAUCGCUCACUGCUGGAACUAAAUACACAUUCACUCUCUUCUCUGUGUUUGAGAACAUCAGAAGCAGUGGAGAAAACAUUCCUGCAGUCACUGCUCCUCCAAACGCAGAAAGCUUCAGAUCAACAGGACAAGAUGAGAGCAGUAUAACUCUGCAGUGGAAUACAGUGAACAACAAUGUCAGCUUCAUCCUGCAGUUUAAUGGUACAGAGAUGAACAUCAAUGCAUCAGAUGGAGAUGGACCAGUAACUCACACAGUCUCAUCGCUCACUGCUGGAACUAAAUACACAUUCACUCUCUUCUCUGUGUUUGAGAACGUCAGAAGCAGUGGAGAAAACAUUCCUGCAGUCACUGCUCCUCCAAACGCAGAAAGCUUCAGAUCAAUAGGACAAGAUGAGAGCAGUAUCACUCUGCAGUGGAAUAAAGUGAACAACAAUGUCAGCUUCAUCCUGCAGUUUAAUGGUACAGAGAUGAACAUCAAUGCAUCAGAUGGAGAUGGACCAGUAACUCACACAGUCUCAUCGCUCACUGCUGGAACUAAAUACACAUUCACUCUCUUCUCUGUGUUUGAGAACGUCAGAAGCAGUGGAGAAAACAUUCCUGCAGUCACUGCUCCUCCAAACGCAGAAAGCUUCAGAUCAACAGGACAAGAUGAGAGCAGUAUCACUCUGCAGUGGAAUACAGUGAACAACAAUGUCAGCUUCAUCCUGCAGUUUAAUGGUACAGAGAUGAACAUCAAUGCAUCAGAUGGAGAUGGACCAGUAACUCACACAGUCUCAUCGCUCACUGCUGGAACUAAAUACACAUUCACUCUCUUCUCUGUGUUUGAGAACGUCAGAAGCAGUGGAGAAAACAUUCCUGCAGUCACUGCUCCUCCAAACGCAGAAAGCUUCAGAUCAACAGGACAAGAUGAGAGCAGUAUCACUCUGCAGUGGAAUAAAGUGAACAACAAUGUCAGCUUCAUCCUGCAGUUUAAUGGUACAGAGAUGAACAUCAAUGCAUCAGAUGGAGAUGGACCAGUAACUCACACAGUCUCAUCGCUCACUGCUGGAACUAAAUACACAUUCACUCUCUUCUCUGUGUUUGAGAACGUCAGAAGCAGUGGAGAAAACAUUCCUGCAGUCACUGCUCCUCCAAACGCAGAAAGCUUCAGAUCAACAGGACAAGAUGAGAGCAGUAUAACUCUGCAGUGGAAUACAGUGAACAACAAUGUCAGCUUCAUCCUGCAGUUUAAUGGUACAGAGAUGAACAUCAAUGCAUCAGAUGGAGAUGGACCAGUAACUCACACAGUCUCAUCGCUCACUGCUGGAACUAAAUACACAUUCACUCUCUUCUCUGUGUUUGAGAACGUCAGAAGCAGUGGAGAAAACAUUACUGCAGUCACUGGGUCACAUUAUGUUGUUGGAUUGGAGGUCAGAUUAAAGUCAUUUGUUGAGCUGUCAGUCUCAGACAUGCAGCGUGUGAUGACGGAGCUCUUCAGACAAUACGGAUUGUCUCCACAGUUGAUUUCCCUGAAGGUUGUAUCUGUUCAGACAUGAGACCAGAGGGCGAAAGACGAGAUGAAAUGGAGUGAAAUGCUAAAACAUUGGAGGUUUUAAAAUGUAAUUUAGACUUUUCACAUUUUGUAUUACUUUCCUUAAAAAACUUAAAAUGAGAAAUCUAUUUUAUAAGAUUCCAGUGAAAUGAAGUUUUGACCUUUUGGAUAAUCACUUACUAACUUACUAAAAUGUAUACUGUUCAGCAAUUACAUGGUACAA